AUGGCCAACUACCCGCCUCCUCCGGCGCAGAACUCGGGCAGGGGGUACCACCAGAUGAUGCCCAGCAACCCAUACCAACAGCAGCAGCAACAACCUUACACUUCGUCGACCAUGCUGCCCCAGACGACUACUGCUGCCUCGCACCCGCAGCCAAUUGCCCCGGCGCCAUCUUCGGGCGGUCGUGGACCCCCAGUUCUUCGGCCAAUGCCUGCGGGAGGUGUGAUGCCCCAGCCCGGCAUGAACUCUCCUUACGGCCAGAGCCCCCUUGUGGCCCAGCAGUCGAUGAUGCCCGACGGCGACCAGCCAACCCACGUCGUUGGAUCGCAGGGCCGCCGGGGCAUUCUCCCCAGUGCUCCUGGGCGGCCGGCUGCUCCUGCUGCGGGCACUGGGCCCACCAAGAGCCAGAUCCCGCAGAAGGAUGCCGACGGGAAGUUUCCGUGCCCCCACUGCACCAAGACUUACCUCCAUGCCAAGCACUUGAAACGCCAUCUCCUUCGACACACGGGCGACCGGCCUUAUAUGUGCGUUCUCUGCCGCGAUACCUUCUCCCGCAGCGAUAUUCUUAAGCGCCACUUCCAAAAAUGCUCGAUCCGCCGCGGAAACCCUACCAAUGCCACCCACCUGUCCCAUCCACAGGCGCACGUCAAGAAGAAUGCCGCUGCCCAGAAGAAUGCUCUCGGUGCCGAGGGCGAUGUCAAUCACAUGAACGGUAUGGGAAACAUGCCUGCCGACGGAAUGGUUCCGUUUGGCCUUAUUCCCGCUUCUGAUGGGAUGAACAACAUUGCCAACGAUCAGACCCAGCUUUCGAGAUCUAGCAGCAUGAACAGGCUCGACGACGCGAACCGUGACAGACGUAACAUGAAUGACUCGGUCAUGGGCGCGUCGACUCGCCCCAACUACGAGCAGCCCUACAACGGCGACGUGUCGAAUAACAUGUCUGCCAAUAUCAACCCGCAGCUAGCGAAUUACAGCAUCCCGCCGCCCCAGAACGGCCUGCCGAUGUUUGGAGGAACAAACUCGACCCAACAGUCGAACCUUGAUUGGUCUCAAAUGUUCCAACCUGGUGCGCACAAUACCUACGUCAAUGCCUUCCCUCCUAACGUCGGACAGACGCAGACCGCAAUCAAACAAGAGCCUAGCGGCGCUCCCGCCAGAGCGGAUGGCAUACUCGGCAGAUCCAAUGCCACCACCGAUGCCACGCCGUUCACCAACUGGGGCCUGCCCUCGUCAGACCCAGACCCCUAUCAACAACUCUCUAACCGGAUCCUCAACUUCCUCUUACCCCCAGGUACUGUCAUGAACCAAUCGACUGCCGGCGUGGACCUCUUCUUCCAGCCCGACAAUAUCAAGGAUUUUCUCGACAAGUACCCUCAUUUUCACGUGCACUUCUCGAUGCUUCAUAUUCCUACUUUUCGUAUCAUGGAUGCUUACGUCGGCCUCGUCGCGGGCAUGUGUUGCGUUGGCGCGUGUUACUCGGACCGUGUUGCGGCUGCUAAUGUCCGCGAAGUAUCGGAUCUUCUGAAGACGGCACUCGAGGGCUCUUCGCGUAUGUAUGCUUCGCUGUCCGAAGACCCCCAUUCCGUCAUCAAGUAUGAAUCCGGCUCUUUCGGACGUCGGAAACAGGACAUCGAGGAACUGCAGGCCAUUAUCCUCUCGCACAUCUUGUUUGUGUGGCACGGCACACCGCUGCAGCGAGAGAAAGCACGCAGAACCUUCCCUUUCUUGGUAGCACUGGCACGCAAGGCGGGCCUGACUCGUAUCUCCAGCGAUUCGACACUGUACAGCCCACUCCACCAGCCCGAGCUGUCGGCCCAGAACUUCUCCAUUUCCAACUUUGAUUGGCACUCGUGGGUUGAGCAGGAGAAGCGUGUUCGGGCAAUGUACGCCAUCUUCCUGUUUGAUGCUGCUCUGGGUCUCUACUUCAACACGGGCCCGGCGAUCGACGCCCUGGAAUUGCAGCUCCCACUACCGGCAGACGACGCGGCCUGGGAAGCUCGCACUUCCACUGAGUGCGGUGAGGCCCUCGGCUUCUACGGACCGCAGGCUGCCAAGGCGCGGAAUCCAGAUGGUACCCAGAGACCCAAGCAGCCCGAGAUGAACCUCGCUCUGAAAGCGCUCCUUUACAACUCGUAUCAGAUCCAGCCAGGCACAACCAAUCUGUACGGAAAAUUCAUUCUCAUCCACGCGCUGCUCGCCAUGCUGCGGAGAGUUCAACUUGACGGAAGUGCAGCCGUGAACCGGUCCAACACCCCUCUUUCGCAGCACGACUGGAUUGUCGGGGCUCAAGCCCCUAGCCGCGGGAGCACCAGCGGUCGAGCAACCCCCGUCGAUGGAAUGGGUCAACUGCUAGAUGGCACUACGAUGAAGACUUUCGCGACGGCCUUGGACAAGUUCAAAUCCAACUGGGACCUUGAUAUGGCCUCGCAGUUCCCACCAGCAGCAGUUGUCCAUCCUCGUCGUUAUGGUUUCUCCAAGGAUGCCAUCCAUUUCUACUGGCUUGCGACAUAUCUCCUGAAGAACGCCCGGGCUACUGAUCUGCGCAUGGCCCCUGACCAGCGGUUCACCCACGUCAUUCACUUGCUGAAGUCGGUCAGGGAUUGGGUUGUGACGGACGGUGCCUCGAGAGGAGAAGAGCUAGGAUCUGUCGGAGAUAUUGAUCGUGAUUUUGGCGUCCGAGACUUGAGUCUAGACAUGACACAGCUCUUCAAGCCUCUCCCCAAGGUGGUGGAAUCUCAGGGAAUUGCAUCUGUUCGGGCGGAAAUGGGCAACGGCAAGGGCGGCAUGGUCUGA